CCACUCCUCACCCUGCCUGACGCACUUUCUGUUAGCCAUCUCGCUCGCGCUCGAGCGGUGACGUUAUUGUGUUGUCUUCACCUGAUUUUCGCAAGUGUGUGGGUGUGUGUGCUCUUUCGAAAUGCAAAUAAGCUCGGUCGGAUACGCAAGCUUUCAAUUAACGGAAUCAAAAUAAAUAUUAAUGGCAUAUAUACUUGUCGAAUUAUCUGCUCUUUAUCGCCGAGAACUUUUUGUCUCCAUCGGCGUUUUUUGUUAGCCGUUUUUAAUGGCCACGCACACAGUUACACACCUUCGGCAAUGCUUUCUCGCUGCCUCCACACUUUCUUUUUCAUCUCUCUUCAUCUAUCUACCCAUCUAUCUGUGUAUCUGCAUCCCAAAAUGUAGCAGAAGUGCACACGACGUUUGUAUCUAUGUAUGUAUGUACAUACAGAUAAACGGAAUUUCUUUUAUUUUUUAUAAUAGUCAACGACAGGUUCCGCUGCAGUUGUUGUAGGUAUAAAGUUAUAUGGAUGGAUAGACCCAUAUGUAUUUAAUUGCGCUUUAGCUGGUAGUGGUGGUCGCACUUAGGUGGAUGCGUGUAUAGGUGUAUGUGUGCGCUUACCUGUGACGUAUUAAUGGAGUUGCAGCCCCCCACCCUUCCAUGCCCUUUUCUGACCCUUUUGCAUCAGCCACCUCAAAAACUGUUUUUUUUUCAGACUAUGUUUACGUUGAGACAACGCCGAACAGUCCCUACUUAAUACGACGCAUCGAGGAGCUGAACAAAAACCAAACCGGCAAUGUGGAAGCGAAGGUCAUGUGCUUCUACCGCCGCCGGGAUCUGCCCAAUCCGCUCGUGCAAUUGGCCGACAAACACCAACCUGCCCUGGAUGAGGAGCGCACCAGUCCAACGCAAACGUCUGGCGGAGGAGGCUCAGCCACCGGGAACUCCGGCAGCAACAGCAGCGGCACUUCCAACAACAACAGCAGCAGCACUGCCAUCGGAGGUGGAGCGGGAGGCUCCGGAGGUGCAGGAGGCGACGCGGAGAAGGGCGAAGCGUUGACCAGCAAGCAGCGCUAUCAGAUCAAGCACCGCGAGCUAUUUCUGUCACGCCAAGUCGAGUCGAUACCCGCCACACAGAUCCGAGGCAAGUGCUCGGUGACCCUGCUCAACGAGACGGAGUCCCUGCAGAGCUAUCUUAAUAAAGACGACACAUUCUUCUACUGUCUGGUGUUCGAUCCAAAUCAAAAGACGCUGCUUGCCGACAAGGGCGAGAUCCGGGUCGGCAGUCGCUACCAGUGUGAUAUACCCGCCAAGCUCAAGGACACCGCCACCGACGACCGCAAGCUGGAGGAACUCGAAUCGCUGGUGUGGACGCCGGAGCACAGCCUGACCGACCGCAAGAUAGACCAGUUCUUGGUCGUGUCACGCUCCAUCGGCACCUUCGCCCGCGCCCUGGACUGCAGCAGUUCGGUGAAGCAGCCCUCGUUGCACAUGUCCGCCGCGGCGGCCAGCAGGGACAUCACACUGUUUCACGCAAUGAACAUUCUGCACAAGCACGAGUACUCUAUUGAAGAGUCCAUGUCGUCGCUAGUUCCUUCCACUGGGCCUGUGCUAUGUCGCGAUGAAAUCGAGGACUGGAGCGCAUCGGAGGCGAAUCUUUUUGAAGAGGCGCUAGAAAAAUAUGGCAAAGACUUUAAUGACAUUCGACAAGAUUUCCUGCCUUGGAAAACGCUGAAACAAAUCAUCGAGUACUACUACAUGUGGAAGACCACCGAUCGCUACGUGCAGCAGAAGCGAGUGAAGGCCGUCGAGGCGGAGCUGAAGCUCAAGCAGGUCUACAUACCACAGUAUAACAACAAUGGCAAGGGGAACGGAACGUCUACGAAGGCGGGAGGUGGCAUCUAUAAUGGAACCACAAACGGGAGCACAGAUCUCUCCAGCAAUGGCAAGCCAUGCGAAUCGUGCGGUACAACGAAAUCAUCACAGUGGAACUCGGUCAGCAGUGGGCACAGUACGAGCCGCCUUUGCCUGAGCUGCUGGGAGUACUGGCGGAGGUACGGCAGUAUGAAGUCGGCGACCAAGGGCGAUGCUGGCGAAGGCGACGCCAAGAAGAAGUCAUCAUCGGCAGCGUCGACGCCGACAGCCACGUUAGCGGGUCUAGCUACAACGCCCACGGCUGUGGUCGACCUGAAUGAUGACGAGAAAAUCAGUGAUCUUACCAAUCGUCAGUUGCACAGAUGUUCUAUUGUCAAUUGCGGCAAGGAGUUCAAGCUUAAGACUCACCUGGCCCGCCACUAUGCGCAAGCGCACGGCAUCGCCAUCAGCUCCGGAUCGCCGCGGCCCAUAAUGAAGACGCGCACUGCCUUUUACUUGCACACCAAUCCCAUGACACGGGUGGCGCGUGCUAUCUGCCGCAGCAUCGUGAAGCCGAAGAAGGCGGCGCGACAGAGCGCGUACGCGAUCAAUGCCAUGCUGGUGAAACAAGAAUUUACAAAUCGUAUUAGUGGAAAAUCGCAGGCGGAGAUCAAGAAGUUGCUUUUGCUGAAGCCCAAGGAUCGGGGUAGUGUCACCAAGAUUGCCAACCGCCUAGGUGCGCCGGGCAGCGGACCGCAUGAAUGGCUAGUACUGACGCCCAAGGACAAAAUGCCGCUGCCGGCUGUCGUCUCGUUCCCCAAACCCCCGAAAGCGCCCGAUGGCAGCUUGGUGUAUGACCGAGUGCCUAACAAGUCACCCGACGUCGUGGCCGUGCCGGCCGACAAGGAGCUCACAAUAAUUCCCACGCAAGCCACGUCGACGAUACGGAAGCGGGCACACGAGGACCAGCAAUUGAAUGGCACUGAAGUUACUAUAGUUCCCAGCGGACCUCCUGCCAAGCGGCCGAAUAAGGAUCCCAUGCCCUCGCAUUGUCCCAGUCCUGAGCAGUUUGCGGCCAUGAUGGCGGCAUCUGGACAGCCGCUCUCCAGGCAUCAUCUCAAUGGUAAACAGAAGAUUGCGCAGAUGGCUCGCGGUGGCAACGGACGCAAGCAGGUUAUCAGUUGGAUGGAUGCACCGGAUGAUGUUUACUUUAGGGCUAACGAUACACACAAAAAAACGCGAAAAAUACUCUCCGCCGUAGAUCUGCGUCGCGCCGCGCGCAAACCAUGGCGCACACUGCCCAUCAAACCUGCGGCGCCCGAGCCGAGUAGCAGGCCCAUUGAAUCACAAAUCGUAAUACUGGACUGACCGUCGCCGGCGAGCACAUUAACAGCAUCAGCAGCAUCGGCAACCAAGUUGUUAUCGUCUUCAGCAAGUAGGUUCGAGCAGCAACAUCCUCCAUUUCCAUACACCAUGGAUGCACUGCUCAACUAGGAGCACUCUCUGGUUUGACUGACGGGCUUGCCAUGUACAUACACCCGCAGCAUAAGGCACACAGACGUGUGGACAGGCAUUCGACUUAGGAUCAGGAUCAGUGUAGUUACAGCAUCACUGUAUGAACAGGACAACAAAACGCGAUACCCGAUAGCAACCACAAACCACUUUAUUAGCGCUUAAAUAGAUGUCUUUUUAACAAGAAAUAGUAAGAUAGUAAGUGUUAAGGUCUGUAGCAGCAGUAACAGAACGCGAGACAACAAAAUAUUUAUAAAUAUUUUAUAUAUAUUUUAAAUUUAAAAAAUCUCAACACACCGAAUGCAAGCUGCACUUUCCUACGAAGGUGCCAGCUGCAACGCACGAAACUCAAAUGUUCGUUAAUUCGUUUAGUACACAACGCAUUUGCAAUGGUUUUUUAAAUAUACAUUUGUGAAUGUGUGAGUUCUGUCGAACUUUUAAAUCGCGCUCUAAAGUUCCACUUUAUUCCUUUAUUUCCUAAACCUAGCUAAAACCAGAUACGUAAUUAUGAAAUUGAAUGGCCUCCGUAAGUUUUAAAUGUUUUUCUGUCCAGAUUUGAAUUGUAAGCCGAAAGAUAUUUGAAAUUGUUUAAGCGAUUUGAAUUAGGGAGUGGAGAAAUUUAACAUUGUUAAUGAAUGUGGCGUGCAAAAUUAAGUAAUUAAAGCCCAAUAAUUUGAACUGUAACUAAAAUCAAGAAGCGUCAACUACAAACAAACUGUACAGUAAAUAACUAAAAUUUAAAAGUUAAAUUUCGAAUAAAGCGUAUUUUCAUAAUGUAUGUAACAAACGACGAAAGUUCGGUCAUUCAAAGAGCUAUCCCACACACGCCUGCACACAUCCCUCACCACCACCACAACCCCCACCCAAGCACAAGCCCAAACCCACAUAUAGCAUAUUAUUAUUUACGCAUAUAAUUAGUACGAGUCUAAGCCGCAUAUAAUAAGUAUGUACAUCCGUUGUGUAUGAUUACACGGAGAUAACAAAGAAUGUCGUCUAGACUCUAGAGAUAGAAGAGCAGCAGCAGGGCAAGCUGAAUGCAGCAGAAGCACGCAGAGCAUAAAGAGAAAACCAAUAAUAUUAAAUGAUUAUGAAACGUUUCGAUUGUAAGCCAACAUACUUUAACUUAACGACCUAAGCAAUUUUGUAAAAUAAAAACACUUCAAAUUAAACGAUUAGUUAAGUCAAAUACGAGAACGAACGGUUCGCAAGCUGAAACUAUUGUCAAAUUUUGGCCACGAUCACAGCAGAACCCGCGCGAAAGCCAAACCAAACCAAACCAGUCACCAGCCAUUGAUUUGAACCUUCAUUUUCCACAAGAAAACACAAACUCCAUUCUGUUCAACCGGAGGGCGGCGACUUCAAGCAGCAAAAAAACCGCAAUAACAAACAAACUAACAGAGAGACAAGCAACAGAAGCAAAUCAAACAGAGCUAUAUACAUAAUUAUAUACCUAUAUAUAUAUAUUAUAUACAGAUAUACAGUAUAACAGUACAUACAUGGCGCAUUGGUCAAGAACAGUACGCAUAAUCCUUUUUACAGAGCAAGAAACUGACGAAGACGACGACGUGACGGCCAGACAAGCAACCGAAAAAGUUUUCCAAAUAAAAUUUUAAAACUAAACAUUUUUCCU